AUGCAGCAACCGACGUCGUGGCAAAGCGCCGGCGACGGAUCAUCUCCCGCGAGUCCGACGACCCACAAGAAGCUCUCCGCCUCUGCCUCGGGCGAGCCCGUGUGGAACGAAAGCUUCAGCAUCGACGUGCUCCGGCACAUGGAACUCGAGCUCUGGGAACACAAUCCGGCGGACGGAGACAAGCUCGCGGGCAAGAAGACGGUCAACCUCACGCUGGACGUCUUUCCCGAGGUGGACCCGCCGAUGGGCGUCGAGACGGUCAAGACCUUCGCCAUCCCCGGCGCCGGCCGCGUGGAGCUCGGCUUCACCCUCCUGCCCCCCGGCUCCUCCGAAUCCGAGCCGUCCACAUCGUCGGAGCGACGGUCGAUUAUUGGCGAGCGGCGUACGGUGAAUCGUGCGCUCGAUCAGUUCAGCGAGGAGGAGGCAUCCAGCAGCGUGGAGCAACUGCGCCAGGUCAACGAGGCGCUCAUCGCCAUGGGCAAGCCGCCGCUCACCAAGCAGGAGGCCGCACUCAUUCUCGCCGGUGAGAAGAAGAGGCGCGAGACGCUGGUCCUGCCCAAGGGCGUAGGCGCGGCCAUCAAUAGCGCGGCACAGAGCUCUCCCAACGGCCAGGAAACAAAGUGGAUGGCCAAGCGAACCAGUAUCGCGCCCAGGAGCAGGGAUUCGAGCGCGGCCAUCUACUCCCAGUUCAAGCAGCAGAUCUACCUCAAGGACAAGGAGGUGGCGGACAAGGCCAAGCAGGUCGAUGCGCUGGAGCAGGAGGUACUCGCUGCCAAGCAGGAGGUGGCCCACCAGAAGACCCUCCUGAAGACCAAGUCGAUGCAGUUCCUGGUGGUGUUCGAGAAGGUCAAGGAGGAGAAGGACGCGCUGGUGGCGGCCAACGCGCGCCUGCGGGAGGAGAUGGCGGACCGGGAGCGCGAGCACCGCGAGGCUCUGGCGCGGCUCGCCCACGACCUCGACGAGAAGGUCCGCCUGGCGCGCGAGGAGGGCAGCCUCUCCACCACCCUCGCCUACUCCAUCAAGCUGGAGAACGAGAAGGCGAACCACGGGCGCGAGCUGGCGCGGGUCAAGUCGGAUCUGGAGUUCGAGACCGAGCAGAUCCGGAAGAAGGCCGAGGCCGAGAAGCAGGGCCUCGUCCUCCAGUACGAGGGCCUCCUUCAGAAAGAACGGGCGCGUGCGGCGGAGGAGCUGCGCAAGAAGAAGGAGAAGUCCAGAGAGAAGAAACAAAGGCUGCGGGAGGAGCGAUUGCAGAAGGAGGGGGUGACGCAGGAGAUGAAGCGGAUGGAGGAGAAGAUCCAGGGCGACAAGCGCAAGUGGGAGGAGGAGCGGGAGCACGUCCGCGCGGAGCAGGCCGAGCGCGAGAGCCGGCUU